AUGAAGUUUCUGCGUCGAUAUUCAGAACGUUUGACUGAUGCUGUGUCUCUGCUGGUGGAUGGUGCUGACCCGGUGCUCCUCCUGCAGCUCUGCAAGUUCACGGCGCCCGUGCCCCACCUGUCGGUGUACACAGGCAUCUGCGAGGCCCCGCCGUGCCACAGCCGGGAGCUGCUGCCACCUUCACCCGGGAUCCCAACCCUUCCCAACAGUGCAGUUUGCCCCUCACCUAUCAGCGUGGCCAUCGACAGCACCCCCGCCUCCGAGCGGAAGUUCGAAGGCCAAGGCAGCUCUGCCCCCACCUCGAGCUCCGGCCGGAUUCCCUGCGUCGCUGGGGCCGCGGGGACAGAGGAGACCCAGCUGAACACACAGAAGUCACGAGUUGCGCUCUCUCUCGGCCGUCUCCUGAAACGGGGCUGCAACAGCUCCUCCGUGUUUGCCAGCCUCUCACCCAAGUGCCCCGCUACGCUGGGUGGUCGGGUUCAGCCGCUGAGCCAUAGCCCUGCCCCUCAGCCGCAGCCCAAGAGGAUUGCCAACUUUUUCCAGAUAAAAGUAGACAUCCCCCCCGAAUGUCGCAUCUAUCCCAUCGAGUCUGAGGAUGAGGACGAUGAGUGUCCCGGUGGAGGUAGAGGUGCAGUGAAGGAGAUUAUCUGUCCUUGGGAAAGCAUCACCAAACACGACCAGGCAGGAUGAGUCCAAAAACUCACCAGCAGAGGACACUGUAAGGUAGGAGGAAAGACUGAGCAAACUCUUGUUUUAAUUCCUACCUUUAUCCCCUGCUAAGGACACAGCAUUAAAGAGACUGAAGUGAUGACUGAGCAAAAACUCUCCAAGAGUUUUUUUUUUGACAUAUCUGAACUCAUACAGGCUACAGACACGUUUAAUAUUAUAAAGAUAACUUGUCUUUGCAGUAAUGCUGUUAUAUUUAAAGUAGUGCCUCAUAUAAGCCUGUCAAAUAAAAUGUUACAGUUUGACAAACAUACCGAAAGUGUAAGCUGUGAACCAUUUUGGUAUGACUCCUAAUUGUUGAAUGUUUCUUACUUGGAUUUAGCAGUAAAUAUUGUUUGUAAAAAAAUAGAACUGUAACUGCAUUCCCCGAAUUGAAAGACUCGGUUAUUCUUUUGCUAUUCAGUGUUGUAACUGACAUUUUGUAUUUGGCUUAUUUACUGUUUUUAUAUGGGUCUAUAAUGUUGACACAUUUAAUAUCAUAAAUGGGUAAAGUAAUAUUUUUAUUAAUUGCAUUUAAGUUAUUACAAGAAAACAUACAAAGGGAUCUGUCUACAUGUAUCGAUUUUUCAAUGUUCAUUGACUGAAGAAUGUGAACAAAGUAUAAUAUUGUGCAUACAAGUGUAUAUUUCAUUUGUGCAAGUGCCUCAAUAAAUACUGAAAGUAUGCUGUAUCGGGAAUUCUAUAAAAUUACUUU